AUGCUUUUCCAGGCACCUGUCCUGCCUUCGUUACCCGCGUUACCCAAGCCCGUCCCCAUUACUGCUGCACCGGCCGUCAGCACGUCGCAAGUUCAAGUGCUGAAGCCUGACCCGUCUUCGUGGGGUUUCGGGUGGUUUCAGGACCUUCUAAAGCCUUGGAACUGGAAUUCUCUUCUGCCAGACAAAACCUCCCUCCUGCCAAGCCUCGUAGGAAAUGGGGGAUUAGGAACACUAGGAGACAAGGUAAGCCUCCUUGGUACCGGAACCACAGGUCAAGGAUCCGGGCUUGUCCUCCCCACGCUGCCGGGGCUCAACAAGCCUCUCGACGCACUGACUGGCGCACAGGGAGCGGGAGACUCAGGGGUGACGAACAGCGGCAUCUUCAUCGGUCAGCCUCCCAACCUGUUGCCCAGUCUGUCUAGUCUGGGUCUGCCUGGCUUUGGUCUUAACAAACCCAGUUUGGAUCUGUCGAGCCUCAAGCCAGUCACCAGCGCGCCAGUGCCGUCCAAGUCGGAGGUUCUGGUCAUCCAGUAUCCAGAGUUCAUCAAGACCAUCGGCCAAGGCAUCAGCAAGAUGUCCAACGCCAUGACGGACUUCGGGCUGAGCGUCACCAACAGCAUCACCAACAAGCUGUCCUCGGGCUUCCUGGGCUCCACCACCGCGGCCUUGGGCUCCGGCGUGGCCUCCAUCAUCCCCCUCGAGGACGUCUCGGACUCCAUCAACCACAACAAGGGCAGCGGCAGCCCCCAGGUCGGCGACGUGUCCAGCCUCGGCCCCGGCCUCUUCAUCCCCAACGCCCUGCCUAACAAGGGCGCCAACGGCCUGGGCCUCGGAGGGCUGCUCGGAGGGGGCGGCGGCCUCCUGCCCAACAAGGACCCCAACACCCUGGGUAGCCUCCUGAGCGGGGGCGGCCUGGGGCUCAACAAGGGCACCAACGGCCUGGGCAGCCUGCUCGGCGGCGGCGGCCUGCUCGGCAACAACAACAAAGGGGACCUGGGCGGCCUCCUCGGCAACAACGUCCCGCAGACGCCCGGCCAGUCCACGGUCUACGUCCAAAAGAACAGAAAGUGAUGCGCGGGCUCGUGCUAGUCUCGGUGCUCUCAGUUUAGUGAAACGGCCCGUCUCGCUGCCUUAGACUUACUCUUAAUGAAGGAAUCCGAGUUUUCUCGGUUAUACAUAUGUAUGCAUAUUUAUUAGAGUGUAAUGUAUAUAAAUCACCUAGGUUAGUUAUGUAUGAAAGAGAUGAACUGCCAAUUCUUACAGCUGCAUCGGAUGUGAAACUGAAUUAACCUUUGUUUCGUGACCAGUAUUUCAAAACUGACUAAGCUGUUUAUGAUGCAACUUUUUCUCACCGUCGCUUUAUGUUUAUAAAAAAAAAAAAAUUAUCUUUCAAAAUGAUCCUGUCGAUCGCCUCGGAAGAAAAACUUCAAAAAAUGUCUUCAAUAUUUGCAUAGUUUUUCGACUUAUUUCCGACUCUGUAUAACGGCGUAAUUCAACGAGUGAGAAUAAGUAUUGUAACCUUUCUAUGUUACUAGAUUUACAGAAAGCGCACGGGUGUCGUCACAAAUGAAUUAGAGAAAAUACAUAUGCACAAUAACUCAUAUAAAAAUCCUAUACAUAUACAUAUAUGUUUAGGAUUUUCCGUCGUCAGAAGCCAAAGCAAACACCCCUGCGCUUUGGAAAAAAAAAUUGCUCAGAGACAAUCAAGUCCACUUAACUUCCGCUUUUCUGUUAUCUUAUCAUCUCUACAUAACUUUAUCAGAAUCACGGGUCCCUAUUUCCCUUAUCUGUGCUCUCUGUUUAUUUUUAUUCCAGUAACCUCAUUGUUGUUGUUAUUGUUAUUGUUAAUGUGGUUGUUUUUAUUUUUAUACUACAAUAGAAUAUUAAGAUGCAGUCAUUUUCAAAACAGCAAAAAUGCUGUUCGGUGAUCACACUUUUUUUUUCUCUCCGCGUGAUGAAUCAAUUUUAUUUUGUCUGUUUGUGGUUACAUAUUGGCUAUUUAUUUGUUGUAUUACACAUUAAUUUGUUAUAUUCUACAUUAACUUAUUACCUACCGACCAUGGGCAAUCCUUCGGGAAUUCAUGGCAUGUGUGAGGUGCAAAUUACUAUUUAGUAUUUAUGAGAUUAGAUGUUUACUUUUGCAAUGUGUGAAUAAAGCCUUUUUGGGUUCCCUGCGCGACUGUG